GGGCGGGGCCGCGGCUGGAAGGGCUGGCGCCUCGGCUCUCCGCACGCUCGCCGUGGCUUCCGUGGCCUCCCGCAGCGCGGGCACCGACACCUCCCUCCGGGUCCCAGCAUGCGGCCCUGCCUGCUGCUGCUGCUCGCGCUGUGCGGUGCGGACCCCACGGCCGCCGCGCGCAGCUUUAGCUUGCGGGGAAGUUGGAGGAUCCGCAACGGGAACGGCUCCUUGGAGCUGCCCGGGGAGGUCCCCGGCUGCGUGCACACCGCCUUGCUCCAGCGCAACCUCAUCCAGGAUCCUUACUACAGAUUUAAUGACCUUAACUACAGAUGGAUCUCCUUGGAUAACUGGACCUAUAGCAAGGAAUUUCAAAUCCCUUUUGAUAUUAGCCAAUGGCAAAAAGUAAAUUUGAUUUUCGAGGGUGUUGAUACAGUUUCAAAGGUCCUGCUCAAUAAUGUUCUUAUUGGGAAAACAAACAACAUGUUCAGAAAAUAUAAUUUUGAUGUUACCCAUGUGGUCAAAGCCCUGAACUCCCUUGAGCUGCGUUUCCAGUCACCGGUGCUGUUUGCGGCCCAGCAGAGCAGGGAUCACGCUCUCUACGAUGUGCCCCCAGACUGCCCGCCCAGCGUACAGAAGGGGGAAUGCCAUGUCAACUUUAUUCGAAAGGAGCAGUGUUCCUUUAGUUGGGACUGGGGGCCUUCCUUUCCGACCCAGGGCAUCUGGAAAGAUGUCAGUAUUAAAGCCUAUAAUAUUUGUCAUCUGAACUACUUCACGUUUUCCCCUAAAUACGACAACCAUGCCCAGCAGUGGAAUCUCAAAAUAGAGUCUUCUUUUGAUGUUGUCAGCUCAAAGCCAGUCCCUGGUCAAGUGAUCAUAGAAAUCCCUAAAUUGCAAACACAGCGGACAUACAGCAUUGAACUUCGGCCUGGGAAAAGGAUUGUUAAGCUCUCUGUGAAAAUUAACAAGAAAAUUACUGUAGAAACUUGGUGGCCUCAUGGACAUGGAAACCAGACAGGGUACAACAUGACAGUUCUUUUUAAACUGAAUGGAGGCUUAACAAUUAAAAAAUCAGCUAAGGUUUUUUUUAGGACAGUGGAACUGAUACAAGAGCCCAUAAAAGGUUCUCCUGGUCUGAGUUUCUACUUCAAAAUUAAUGGGUUUCCCAUAUUUCUGAAAGGAUCAAACUGGAUCCCAGCAGAUUCGUUCCAGGAUCGAGUAACCUCUGACUUGUUAUCACUCCUUUUGCAGUCUGUUGUGGAUGCUAACAUGAAUACUCUUCGGGUGUGGGGAGGAGGUAUUUAUGAGCAAGAUGAAUUCUAUGAACUCUGUGAUGAACUAGGAAUAAUGGUAUGGCAGGAUUUCAUGUUUGCCUGUGCCCUUUAUCCAACUGAUGCGGACUUCAUAAAUUCAGUGAGAGCAGAAGUUGCUUACCAGAUCAGGAGACUGAAAUCUCAUCCCUCCAUCAUCAUAUGGGGUGGAAAUAAUGAAAAUGAAGCGGCACUAAUGAUGAAUUGGUAUAGCAUAGACUUCACAUACCUCCCUACUUACAUGAAAGAUUAUGUGAAACUAUAUGUUGAAAACAUCCGAGAGCUCGUUUUGGAAGCAGACAAGACUCGUCCUUUUAUCACUUCCAGUCCUACAAAUGGGGUCAAGUCCAUUGCAGAAGGCUGGCUCUCUGCCGACCCAUAUAACAAUUAUUUUGGGGACGUACAUUUUUAUGACUAUGCCAGGGAUUGCUGGGAUUGGAACAUUUUCCCAAAAGCUCGAUUUGCAUCUGAAUAUGGAUAUCAGUCCUGGCCUUCCUUCAGUACAUUAGAAAAGGUUUCAUCUAAAGUAGACUGGUCUUACAACAGCAGCUUUUCAAGUCAUCGACAGCAUCAUGAAAAUGGUAACGAAGAAAUGCUUUUUCAGGUUGGACUUCAUUUCAAACUCCCACAUAGCACAGAUCCAUUACGUGAAUUCAAAGAUACCAUUUACCUUACCCAGGUGAUGCAGGCCCAGUGUGUCAAAACAGAAACUGAAUUCUACCGCCGCAGUCGCAGCGAGAUAGUGGACGGAAAAGGGCACACCAUGGGGGCACUGUAUUGGCAGCUGAAUGACAUCUGGCAGGCUCCUUCCUGGGCCUCUCUAGAAUACGGAGGAAAGUGGAAAAUGCUUCAUUACUUCGCUCAGCAUUUCUUCGCACCACUGUGGCCAGUGGGUUUUGAGGAUAAAGGAGUGUUUUUUGUCUACGGGGUGUCAGACCUUCACUCGGACCUCAUGGUGACGCUCACUGUGAGAGUGCACCGGUGGAGUUCCCUGGAGCCUGUGUGCUCUCACAGGACCCCGGAUCUUGCGAUGAGAGCCGGGAAGGCUGCCCUCCUCUAUCAGGAGCCGGUGUCUGCAAUGCUGCAGAGAUGUGGGCAUUGCACACGGCAAAGCUGUGUGCUUUCCUUUUACCUGUCAGCCAACAGCAAACCCUUGAGCUCAACCAACUAUCACUUCCUGUCCUCACCGAAGAAAGCCGAGGGGCUCCAGAAGGCAGACAUCACUGCCAUCAUCUCUCAGCACAAGGACACCUUUGUGUUUGAUCUGGAAACGAAGGCCGUGGCACCCUUUGUGUGGUUGGAUGUAGGGAGCGUCCCGGGGAGAUUCAGUGACAAUGGUUUCCUCAUGACGGAGAAGACGCGGACUAUAUUUUUUUACCCCUGGAGGCCCACCAGCAAGAGUGAAUUGGAGCAAUCUCUUCAUGUGACUUCCUUGGCUGAUAUUUACUAAAGGAAUCCAGCUGCUUUCGAAAGCACUUCUAAGCCACCCGCGAGAGCUGCAGGCAGCCAGAGACCAGGGAUGGAGCCGGAAGGUCCACCUGUGCCAGGCAUCUGGUGCAUCGCUCCCCCAGCGGUGUGCACAGCCCCUCUCAGGGCAGCUGUGUGCUCGGGGCCCCUCCAGCGAGCUGUGCCAGGUCAGUGCUGUUAGGUUUCCCCUCCUAGCUUCACCACCACAUGAUAUAACCCAACUGCCCCUCCCUCCCCAGAGAAGGAUGUCUGCACAGGUCAGCCUCUGGGGAUCCACAGGGACAUGACCACAGGGCUUCCGAUUUGGCUCAAUCCAAGGAGCUUUUCCGUUCAGAGGAGUUAGAUUUAGACUGUUGACUCUGGCGGAAAAGUGGCGUUCUUUUUAGUUUGGGUUUAAAUCAUUUUACAUCGAUUGAUUAAUUAUAAGAGGCUACAUAUUACUUUAUUACACAUGAUCAUGUUCAUAAAAUUACGUUGAUAAAGCAAAUGGGGAAAUUGUUAAUAAAUUGUAAUAAUUUUGGUAAAGGUUUGUAGGGAUUUUUUGUACUCUUUUGCAACUUCCUGUAAGUUUGAAAUCAUAUAAAAACUUAAAAUGUACAUAAAUUGCA